UACGAAUGGCAGCUGCUUUCAAUCGAGUUUAUUUAUACGUCAAGAAUUGACUAUACAUUGAAAGCGUAAUCAAAAUAAGCUUUUUUGACUUGAAGUAUUUUAAUUACAUAUAAAUCGUUUUUUUAUUUUGGGAAAAUAUGGAGGACGGCGGAGGCGGAGGUGGAGAAGGUGAUGGUGAAGCGCCGCCAGGAAAUGUUUCUGAGGCGGCAGAAGGUCGGCCUGAUGUUGCUGAGGUGUAUUUUGCGCCUGAAACACAAGAUGAGCAAGCUGACGACAUAGAGCAAACUGCCGCCAAGAUUGCUGAGAUACUCCCCAGACAGAUGUCCUCUGUGCGGAGGAUGUCGAUGGGUGGUGAACGUGUUGAGGUGGAUAGAACUGCUCUUGAGGCUAUACUCGAUGUCAGUUCUCGACUAAAGGACAUCCAGAAGAAAAGCCGGUUGUCUAUGAGCACAUUGGCUUUAGCCCAUGAGUCGUACAAAGACAAGCAAGCUAAAGCUAAAGACGGCCGUAAUAAUCGUGUGGCUGGACUCAAGCAACAGCACAGAUAUCUGCUAGAAAACGCAGCUGCUAUGUUAAAUAAACCGGUUGAAUAUGUAUUGGAAGGUGUUUAUGACGCAGAUAUUCACAUAGAGUUGCUAGACAGUGCUAUUGCCGAAGGUGGGAGGAACUGCAUAGUCCUGUGCGAUGCGAUGCUUCCGCCCGUCAAAAUGGAAUCUGGUCGAUUUAUACCUAAUCAAAAGGGUAAAAUGGAGAGGACUUACAUAUCCGACGCAUCUACGAUUGGAACUGAAGGCACAUGCAUUGCUAUGUACAGAUUUAAAAAUAAAGCUAUCGACGCCAGGAACGUUGGUGAUGAUUAUUACUUCGUGACUUUUGACGUGAACCCGGAGACUGACAACGUGGUAUCGGGUAUCUACAAAACCAUGACAAGAGUUUACCUUCCAGCACUAAAAGCUUGCGAAGGGUGGGGCGACAUUAACCCUCCCAAUCCAAACAGCGACGAUAUUAUCAAAUUAUAUAUCUCUAAAAUAAUGCUGUUUGUUGAUUAUCUUGCGAAGACCAAAAUCGAUUUAGACUGUUGUACAAGAUUUAAAAUCAAUUUGGCGUUGUACGAGGAUGAAUUAUCUGAUCCAGAGAAAAUGAAACAGGCUAUUACCAAGACUGCGGUGUUAGAGGAAGUAUGCUCGUACGUAAAGCAAUGGAUCAGGCAGAUAACAAUGGUUUUAGUUCAGAGUCAACAGUUACGAAGGGAGCCUUCGAACAUAGGACCGCUGGCGGAGUUAGAUCACUGGCGACGUCAGCUCACCACGUUCACAUCUAUUAUUGAGCACAUCAAAAGUGAGCCAUGCAUGAUGUACAUUCAUAUGUUGAUCCGUGCGAAAUCGAAGCUUUUAAAGAAAUGGAGACAAUUGGACAAUUUAGUUACUGACUACUACAAUGAAGCAUUUGAUAACGUCAAAUAUCUAUAUGCUUUAGAGAAAUAUUGUGAACCAUUAUACAGAUGUGAUCCUUCGACAACGCAACAGUUCAUUCCCGGUUUAUUGUACACUAUCCGCAUGAUAUUCGCGACCUCUCGUUACUAUAACACCACCAAACAGAUCUCCACGUUGCUCGUCAAAAUCACCAAUCAAAUCCUGAACAUGUGUAUGGAUUUUUUGACAAACCAUGGCAAAAAGAACAUUUGGAAUCAAGACAAAAUUAACUUUAUUCAUAAAGCCAAACUUUGUUUAAAUCUAUACAACUUCUAUCGUGAGUGCUAUACUGAGACCCAGAAGGAAAUGAGAGAAGCCGCAGAUGAAAGACCGUUUGAUUGCUCUGAGAUGUAUAUUUUUGGAAAAUUUGAAACUUUCCGAAAAAGAUUGAUAAAGAUAAUCGAUUUAUUUCAAACUUACAUCACAUAUUAUGUAUUAAACAAGACCACUUUGGAGGGUAUUGAAGAAUAUGCUGGGAAUUUCAAUAAACUUUUUAAGUCCAUUUCAACGAAAACUUACGAUGCAUUAGAUCACAGGCGGCCUGAUUUUGAUAAAGAUUACAAAAUAUACAAAGACGCAGUUGCGCACCAAGAACUGCUAUUGGAAAAUUUCAUGAUUAAUAGCGUCAAUAAAUGUCCGACGACGGAGAUAGCUCUUCUUUUAUUAACUCGUUUUGAGAAAUUGAAGCUUGAAUGUUUAUAUCUUGAAGAUCAGUAUUAUGAUCUCAUCAGUACCUACACAGCGGAAAUUGAAGCACUGCGGGACAGGUACAACGAGGAAAAGGAGUCACCCGAGUUGCCGCGGAACAUGCCGCCUGUUGCCGGUCGCGUCAUGUGGAUCAGAUUUUACGAUAAAAACAUUAAUAUUCCCAUGGAGAUAUUCAAGCAACAUCAUGAAGUCAUUACGCAUAUGAACACCCAAAAGUGUAUAAAAUUAUAUAACGUUUUAACGAUUGUCUUUACUGAAUUUGAAUUAAUUUAUCAUUACGCAUGGGCGGAAAAUGUUGGACAGGUACGCCUGGGUCUGAUUGCUCCGCUUCUAAUUCGUCACCCGGUGACCAACAUGUACAUAAUUAACUUCAGCAUUUACAUCCCCGAGUGUAUCCGAGAGGUCGAGUACAUGUGGCAGUUGGGGCUCCGUGUACCAGAUGGCGCUCAAAUAGUAGCGUUUUGUAAAGAUAAAAUUCUUGGGAAUUAUGAAAAAAUAAAAUAUUUGGUUGAUAGAAACAAUCAAAUAAGAAGGAGCAUGCCAAAGCUAUAUUUUCCACUGUUGCGUGCACAAUUAAUAAAACUGGAGAAAGCUUUCCAGCCUGGACUGUCCACUAUAACGUGGACAUCUCUUGAAAUUCCCUCUUACUGUGAAAGUAUUGAAAAAGUAUUAACAGAAGUUGAUUUGUUUGUAAAAGAGGUGGUGGAUAUGAAAGAAGCAAGAAUUGACGCAAUUUUGAUGUCUAUUACCAAAACGUUGCUGGUUUACUUGCCGGAGCAGGCAGUCGAACCUUCACACUUCUAUGAAGACAAUCUAGUCAGGCGAGAUGAAAUAGCUUUGGAGAUUCAACAAAAAUCUUGGAACGCCGAAAUAGCCGUAAUAGAAUUGAUACAUAAGUUUCUAGAAAGUGUACCUUCAAAGCAAAUUCAAGCUUUGAAAGAUAAUUGGCUGGACAUAGAGAAAGCCUUGAAACAAGUAACGUCAGCUACUCGAGUUUUUCCUGAAGAUGCUGUAUUUAUGGAGAUAGAGAACCCAGAUCGAUUCGAAGUAAAUCAUACAAUCAACGAAUGCAACGAGCUGUUCGCUUAUUUUGCAACUAAAUGCGUGGAAGCUCUAAUUAAGUGUACACGACAAAGUCUUGAUAUGCUCAGAAGAAGAGCCUCCGUAUCAAGUUUCCUUACCAUGACAAUUGAUCCAGAAGAGCAGAAGAAACUGAGACCUCUUAUGCUCACGAACAUGUUCUUACAAAUACCAAGGAUUUUGAUAAAACCGACUUUAGAGGAGAUACAGACUUCGUUUUCUCAGGUCGUACUAAACUGUAUAAUGGAUAUUCAUCGCAACGUAUUCAUGUGGGGACAACAAGAACAAAUAAAGAAAGAGAAAUUAGCUGGAGUGUCUUUAACAACUGCUGUUCGUAGCACAACUGGAUCUAGGUCAGGAUCUAAUAUAAGUGGAGUAAGAAGCUAUUUCAGAACCGUAUCUGAGCAUAAAGAUAUUGUCAGAUCAGUAAUGGCUCUGCAGGGAAUGAUGUACAUGUACAAGCCCGAUAUUGAAAAGCUUUUAAAGAGCUACGGAAGAUUUUCCCAUUUGUGGGCAGAAGAUAGGGUGCAUCAGGUUCAAGAAUUUGUUGACUCUAAUCCAUUGAACGUGAUUGUAAAGGAUAUGCUGAACAAAUACCAAAGCAAUACUGACGAAGUGGAGAAUCUGCCUGCGAGGCACAUAAUUGGUUCCAUACAGAUAGAUAUGAGCAACAUUAAGUUGGCGUUGCAUUUAGAAUCAGUCGAGUGGAAGAGAAUCUUAGGUAAACUACUAUGUCACGCUUAUAAGGACCGAGUAAUAAAGCUGAUGCAAUUUAUCAAUGAUCGCAUGAAAACGAUGGGCAAGAAAAUAAAAGACUUGGAUGAUGUCAGAGUGGCGAUGAUGUGCCUCGAACUCAUUAGAGAGGAGUUUAUUGGGAUGGACAUGGAACUUGACCUUAUCGAAGAAAGUUAUGCGACAUUUAAUCAAUUUAGUAUCGACAUCCCGAAAGAGGAUGCGGACUUGGUGUAUGGGCUGCGGUACGCUUUUCAGAAUAUGUUACUGACAUCCCAGCAAGUACAACAAAAAAUUGUAGACAUGCAAGGUCCCUUGCAACGCGAGCUAACUGACGGUGUUAACACAUUCAUGGAAGACGUUCUCAAGUUUGAUGCCGACUUUGAUGCUUUUGGUCCCUUGACUCCAGGAUUGACAGCUCGAGAAGCCAGUGACAGAGUGAUAAUGUUCCAAUCAAGAUUCGAUGAACUUUGGAGAAGAUUCGAAAUGUAUUCUAGCGGUGAAAAAUUGUUUGGUAUGGAAGUAAAAGAUUAUCCCAUUUUACAUCAGAAAAAGAAGGAAUUCAACUUACUGAAUAAAUUGUAUAGCUUGUAUUUAGCUGUGAUGAACUCUAUCGAUGGAUAUUUUGAAACACCGUGGGUGGAAAUCGCUAUUGAACAAAUCGUUGCACAAUUAGCUGAGUUUGACGUAAGAUGCCGUAAAUUACCAAAGGGAAUGAAGGAUUGGCCAGCAUUCAUCGAAUUGAAGAAUAAAAUUGAUGAUUUCAAUCAAACUUGUCCGCUUUUGGAGCUGAUGGCCGACAAAUCUAUGAAGGAAAGGCAUUGGAGGAGAUUGGAAAAAUUAAUGAAUUGCGUGUUGGAUGUCGAAUCGGAAGCAUUUACUUUAGCUAAUGUUAUGGAGGCACCUCUCUUGAAAUACAAAGAGGAUGUUGAAGAUAUUUGCAUAAGUGCUGUAAAAGAAAAGGAUAUUGAAGCUAAGCUAAAACAAGUCACUGCCGAUUGGGCGCUAAUCGACCUCACGUUUGCUAAUUUCAAGAAUAGAGGGGAACUAUUGAUAAGACCCGCAGAAACUCUCGAAAUUAUAACGCUACUUGAAGAUUCUUUGAUGAUUCUCAAUUCAUUAGCAUCUAAUAGGUAUAACGCGCCUUUCAAGAAGGAAAUAUUGCUCUGGAUAAACAAACUAGUGAGCACAAGUGAAAUUUUAGAGAAGUGGUUGUUAGUUCAGAAUCUAUGGAUGUACCUGGAAGCAGUAUUUGUGGGUGGUGACAUUGCCAAGCAGCUGCCAGCAGAAGCAAAACGUUUUGCGGGCAUCGACAAAACAUACGUCAAAAUUAUGUACCGUGCUCGUGACAUAGUUAACUGCGUAGAGACUUGCACUUCGGACGACACUCUGAAACAACUUCUACCCCACCUAUUUGAUCAGCUGGAGGCAUGUCAAAAGUCUCUAACUGGUUACUUGGAGACGAAACGGCUUAUCUUCCCAAGAUUCUUCUUCGUUUCUGAUCCAGUAUUAUUGGAAAUCCUUGGUCAAGCAUCGGAUCCACAUUCUAUUCAGCCUCACCUGCCCAGCAUCUUCGACGCUAUGUAUACAGUAGAAUUUGACGACAAGGAACGAAUCACACACAUGAAUUCUGAUAAUGGAGAAACUAUUCCAUUCGAAAAGCCUGUGGCCUGCUUAGGAGGAGUGGAGAUUUGGUUGAACACUCUUUUGGAUUCGAUGAAAGACACUGUCCGUAAUAUAAUUGCCAACUUAGCGCAAACGAUGACCGGUGAUCCAGAUUUCGAAUUCCUGGUUGGAUUCUGGCAUUUCCCUGGCCAGGCUGGUUUAUUAGGAAUGCAAAUUCUGUGGACUAGCGACGCAGAGUAUGCUUUAAAGAAAGCAAAAGCUGACCGUUACAUCAUGAGGAUUACAAAUCAAAAGUUCCUUGAUUUAUUGAAUGGUCUUAUUGAUCAGACUGUAAAAGAUCUUGUGCCUCUCGAUAGAGUGAGAGUAGAAACUAUGAUUACGAUCCAUGUACAUCAAAGAGAUAUAUUUGAUGACCUGGUAAGAAUGAGAAUCAAAACUCCGGCUGACUUUGAAUGGCAGAAGCAGGCUCGGUUUUACUACUUUGAAGAAUCCGACGACUGUUUAGUUUCAAUUACUGAUGUAGACUUUUUGUACCAGAACGAGUAUCUGGGUAUAACGGAACGGUUGGUGAUCACGCCGCUGACGGAUCGGUGCUACAUCACACUAUCGCAGGCCAUCGGCAUGAGCAUGGGCGGCGCGCCCGCCGGGCCAGCCGGCACCGGCAAGACCGAGACCACCAAGGACAUGGGCCGCACGCUCGGCAAGCUCGUCAUCGUCUUCAACUGCUCCGACCAGAUGGACUUCCGAGGUCUGGGCCGCAUCUACAAGGGCUUGGCUCAGUCCGGCACUUGGGGCUGCUUCGAUGAGUUCAACCGCAUCGAGCUGCCCGUGCUGUCUGUAGCUGCGCAGCAAAUCUACAUUUGUCUGACGGCCAGAAGGGAAAAACGAGAGUUUUUCAUAUUUAGUGAUGGCGAUACUGUGAGUUUGAACCCUGAGUUCGCUUUCAUCAUCACCAUGAAUCCUGGCUACGCGGGUCGACAAGAGCUGCCAGAGAACCUGAAAAUUCAGUUCCGCUCCGUAGCAAUGAUGGUACCGGAUAGACAGAUUAUCAUUCGAGUCAAAUUAGCCAGUUGCGGCUUCAAAGAUAACAUCGUGUUAGCUCGUAAGUUCUUCACGCUGUACAAACUGUGCGAGGAGCAGCUGUCGAAACAGGUGCAUUAUGACUUUGGAUUGAGGAACAUUUUGUCUGUACUGCGAACAAUGGGUGCGCAGAAACGAGCCAAUCCAGACAGUACCGAAGAGAACAUAAUGAUGAGAGUACUGAAGGAAAUGAAUGUCUCUAAAUUGGUAGACGAAGACGAGCCUCUGUUUAUUUCGUUGAUUGAAGAUUUGUUCCCCGGCAUGAAACUAACCCAAACAGUUCAGAGGGAUAUGCAACGAGCUAUAUCAACUGUAGCUGAUCGUACCGGUCUUGUGAACCAUCCCGACUGGAACUUAAAGAUCAUUCAGUUGUUCGAGACGUCGCUGGUGCGGCACGGUCUCAUGACGAUGGGUCCCACCGGCUCGGGCAAGACAACCUGCAUACACACUCUCAUGGCAGCGCUUACUGAACUGGGGAAACCACACAGGGAAAUGAGAAUGAACCCAAAGGCUAUUACUGCGCCCCAAAUGUUUGGCAGAUUAGAUGUUGCAACGAAUGAUUGGACAGAUGGUAUAUUCUCAACGUUGUGGCGGCGAGCUUUAAAGGUGAAGAAAACGGAUACGACUUGGAUUGUAUUAGAUGGUCCGGUCGAUGCUGUAUGGAUUGAAAAUUUAAAUUCUGUACUGGAUGACAAUAAGACCUUGACUCUGGCAAACGGAGAUCGUAUAUCAAUGGCACAGAACAGUAAGCUGGUGUUUGAGCCAGACAACGUGGACAACGCCUCUCCCGCCACUGUCAGUCGGAUGGGCAUGGUGUUCUUGUCUUCAUCAGUGCUUAAGUGGCAACCUAUACUAGAGGGUUGGCUCAAAAAACGUCCUCAGAAGGAAGCGGAAUGUUUCCGAAAUGCUUUUAAUAAAGUUUAUGAUGAUGUGCAUACAUAUGUGCAACAGAAGCUUGUGGCCAAAAUGAAACUUUUAGAAGCUAUUUACAUCAGACAAUGUAUAGACGUGCUAAUAGGGUUAAUGCAGAUGGAAGUACCUGGAGGCAAGGCUCAUACAGAACGGCACAUGGAGCGACUGUUUGUCUUUGCGAUGAUGUGGUCUCUGGGCGCGGUGCUGGAGCUGGACAUGCGCACGCGCAUGGCGGAGUUCAUGACGAAGCUGCCCGUCAAGAUGGACUGGCCUGGACACAAGCACCAAAAGGAGUGGGUCAUGCCAUUCGAAUAUAUGGUCAAUUCUCAUGGCGUUUGGGAGCACUGGUCUGAAAGCGUUGAGGAUUAUAUCUAUCCGCAUGACAGUGUACCCGAAUAUGCAUCAAUUCUUGUGCCAAAUAUAGAUAAUGUCUGUAUAACGUUCUUGAUUGAAACAAUAGCCAAACAGGAUAAAGCCGUGCUUUUGAUUGGUGAGCAAGGAACUGCCAAGACUGUGAUGCUGAAGAGUUACAUGAUGAAAUAUGACAACGAGGUGCAAUUGUUCAAAAUUGUGAACUUUUCAUCUGCUACUACACCAAAUAUGUUCCAAAGAAUUAUUGAAUCGUACGUAGAGAAGCGAGUCGGAAUGACUUAUGGUCCACCUGGAGGUAGAUCGAUGACUGUAUUUAUUGACGAUAUCAAUAUGCCUGUAGUAAACGAGUGGGGUGAUCAGGUUACAAACGAGAUCGUAAGACAAAUGAUGGAAACUGGUGGAUUUUAUUCGUUAGAGAAGCCAGGUGAUUUCACUACAAUUGCAGAUAUCCAGAUGUUUGGAGCAAUGAUACAUCCAGGUGGUGGUCGUAACGACAUUCCUCCACGUUUGAAGAGACAAUUCAAUAUUUUCAACUGUACUCUACCUAGCAUUAUUUCUAUGGAUAAAAUAUUUGAAACCAUUAGUUCUGGAUACUUCUGCAAAUCGCGGUUUGACAAGAAAAUUGUGGACUUCAUGCCUAGGCUUGUGCCUGUAACUCGUAUUAUUUGGCAGCAAACGAAGAUUAAAAUGUUGCCAACGCCAGCCAAGUUCCAUUACGUGUUUAAUCUAAGAGAUCUUUCCCGUAUUUGGGAAGGCAUUCUCUACAUAAAAAGAGAAGAACUUCAGGAUAUUCAAACGGCUAUCAAACUCUGGUUCCACGAAUGUCUGAGGGUCAUUUCUGACAGAUUUACAACUUUUGCCGACAAAGAAUGGUUUGUGGCAAACUUUUGGAAAACAGCUGCUCAGGAACUACCGGACGUAGUUAGUGAGUUUCCGGAAAAAGAGACCUUUUUUGUGAACUUCUUACGAGAGCCAAUUGAGCCCACUGGAGAUGAGGAUGAAGACUUUAGUACUGAUGCGCCGAAAGUAUACGAAGAAUUACCAUCCUGGGAGUUUCUACUCAGCAAACUGGUUGGAUUCCAAGAAUUGUUCAAUGAACAGAUUAGAGGUGCCCGCUUGGACCUGGUAUUUUUCCAUGAUGCAAUGGUCCAUCUCUUCAUCAUUUCCAGAAUUAUUAAUACUCCUCGUGGCAACGCACUACUCGUCGGUGUUGGUGGUUCCGGCAAACAAAGUUUGACGAAGUUAGCUUCAUUUAUAGCCAACUUUUCGUUCUAUCAGAUUACUUUAACAAGGUCCUAUAACGUGAACAACUUCAUGGACGACAUCAAGGUGUUGUACCGCGUGGCCGGCUUGCAGGGACGCGGCAUCACCUUCAUCUUCACUGACAACGACAUCAAGGAUGAACAGUUCUUAGAGUUCCUCAAUAAUAUUCUGAGCUCCGGUGAAAUAGCUAAUCUGUUCCCGAAGGAAGAAAUGGAUGAGAUAUUAAACGAAUUAACACCCAUCAUGCGAAAAUAUGCACCGAGAAGGAUUCCUGUUCCAGACGUGUUAUAUGAAUACUUUAUAAUACGUUCCAGAGCAAACUUACAUGUUGUACUGUGUUUUUCACCCGUGGGUGAAAAGUUUAGAAGUCGGGCUCUUAAGUUCCCUGGUCUUAUUUCUGGGUCUACAAUGGAUUGGUUCCAAAAGUGGCCUAAAGAAGCGCUUAUUGAAGUAGCUCAUCACUUUUUGUGGGAAUUCCAGGUAGUGUGCUCCACAGAAACAAAAACACAGUUAAUUGAAAUAAUGGGAAUUGUGCAAGAUAAUGUUGCAGAUACCUGUGAAGCUUACUAUGACAGGUUCAGGAGACAGACACAUGUAACUCCUAAAUCAUACUUAUCAUUUUUGGAGGGUUACAAAGUGCUAUAUAAAGAAAAGCAUUACAAUAUUGCGGAAAUGGCGAGAAGAAUGACGACUGGCUUAAGUAAGUUGGUUGAAGCGGCAGCAAGCGUCGAUAUACUUAAAAAGGAAUUAGAAGUGAAAGAACAGGAGAUUAAAGAAGCUACAGCUAAUGCCGAAGAGGUGCUAGAAGCAGUGGCAGAGUCUCAAGCAGCAGCAGAAGUUGUGAAGGCUGAAGUACUGGAGGUCAAGGACCGAGCCGUGAAGCUUGUGAAUGUUAUUGCGGCUGAAACCGCAGUAGCAGAGGACAAGCUCGCGGCCGCUAAGCCCGCGCUUGACGCUGCCGAGGCUGCCUUGCAGACCAUCAACGCAGCCGAUAUAGCUACUGUUAGGAAGCUCGGUAAACCUCCACAUCUCAUCACACUUAUUAUGGAUGCUGUGCUUCUUCUCUUUAGAAAGCGAAUUGAUCCUAUUAAACCGGAUCCCGAGAAGAACUUCUUAACUGCGUCUUGGGCCGAGUCCUUGAAGGUAAUGGCCGAUGCAAGAUUUUUAAGCAAUUUGAAGAACUAUCCCAAAGAUGAAAUAAACGCCGAAAUGGUUGAUUUGUUGAUACCUUAUUUUUCAUUCCCCUCAUACACUUUUGAAGCGGCGAAAAUAGCUUGCGGCAACGUUGCUGGUCUAAUAUCGUGGACUAUCGCCAUGGCACAGUUCUACAGUGUGAACAAAGAUGUCUUACCGCUUAAAGCAAAUCUAGCAGUGAUGCAAGGAAAAUACCAAGCGGCCAAAAAAGAAUUGGAGGCAGCCGAAGCUCAGCUCCAGGCGAAAGAGCGUGAGUUAGCGCACGUGCAGAAGCAAUUCGACGAUGCAAUGACGCUGAAGCAAGCGGUGCUGGACGACGCGGCCAAGUGCCAGCAGAAGAUGGACGCCGCCACCGCGCUCAUCAACGGGCUGAGCGGCGAGCGCGUGCGCUGGACCGAGCAGUCCGCGCUCUUCAAGUCCGAGAUCGAGAGGCUCGUCGGCGACAUCCUGCUGCUUUGCGGAUUCUUAUCUUAUUCCGGGCCAUUUAAUCAAGAGUUUCGAACUUUGCUGAUUGGCAAUUGGUACGGCGAACUGUUGAGAAGAAAAAUACCCGUGUCUAUGAACCUUAAUAUUACGGAACAAUUGACAGAUACGGCUACGAUUGGUGAAUGGAACCUGUGUGGACUACCAACCGACGAAUUGUCGAUUCAGAACGGCAUAAUUGUAACAAAAGCCGCACGUUUCCCUUUGCUUAUAGACCCGCAGACCCAGGGCAAGAUCUGGAUUAAGAAUACUGAGAAAUUUAACGAUUUAAUCGUCACUACGCUUAAUCACAAGUAUUUUAGAAACCACAUAGAAGAUUGCGUGUCGUUAGGCAGACCCAUGUUAAUAGAAGAUGUUGCCGAGGAAUUAGAUCCUGUGUUAGACAAUGUUCUAGAAAAGAACUACAUUAAAAUUGGAUCAACGUAUAAAGUGCGACUGGGAGAUAAAGAAAUAGAUGUAACUGCUGGACAUAGAAUUUACAUAACCACGAAACUACCUAAUCCCGCUUAUACUCCUGAGAUUUCUGCUCGGACUUCUAUAAUUGAUUUUACUGUUACAAUGCAAGGCUUGGAAGAUCAGCUACUGGGACGCGUGAUCUUAACGGAGAAAGCAGAAAUGGAAGCCGAACGGACACAGCUUAUUAUGGAUGUAACGGCGAACCGGCGCAAAAUGCAAGAGUUGGAGGCCAACUUAUUGCACAAGUUGACAACAAUCCAGGGUUCCCUUGUGGAAGAUGUGUCUCUCAUUCAAGUAUUGAAUGUCACUAAAGCGACAGCGACAGAUGUGAAAGAGAAGUUAGACGUGGCGAAGGAGACUGAAAUGAAGAUCAACACCGCCCGCGAGGAGUACCGGCCCGUGGCGACGCGCGGCUCGGUGCUGUACUUCCUGGUGUGCAACAUGUCGCUGGUGUGCAACAUGUACCAGACGUCGCUGGCGCAGUUCCUCGAGCGCUUCGACAUCUCCAUGGAGCGCUCGCCGCAGAGCCCCAUCACCGUGCGCAGGAUCGCCUUCAUCAUCGACUACCUGACUUUCGACGUGUUCAAGUAUAUAAGCCGUGGUUUUUACGAACAGCACAAAUACCUAUUUACAGUUCUACUUACUUUGAAAAUAGAUCUGCAAAAGGGUUAUAUAACUUUUGAAGAGUUUCAGACAUUCAUUAAAGGGGGUGCAGCACUGGAUCUUAAUGCAUGUCCUCCUAAACCUUACAAAUGGGUUACAGAUAUGUCAUGGCUUAACUUAGUACAGUUAUCUAGUUUACGACAAUUUACUAACAUUUUGAACCAAGUAGUCAAUAAUGAGAAAGGAUGGAAAGCAUGGUUUGACAAGGAAGCCCCUGAAGACGAGCCGCUACCGGACGGCUACCACACGAUGGACGUUUUCAGAAAACUGCUCGUGGUGCGAGCGUGGUGUCCCGACAGAACUCUAGCGCAGAGCUUGAAAUAUGUUCAGUUCUCAAUGGGUUCUCGGUACAACGAAGCUGUCAUAGUAAAUUACGAGCAAAUGGUGUUAGAAUCACGACCACUAGUUCCUCUAAUUGGAUUUUUGGCUAUGGGAUCUGAUCCUACUCCUUCUAUUGAGAUAACUGCAAAGCGCAUGGAAACAAUUUGUUCAUCUAUAUCCAUGGGGCAAGGUCAAGAGGUACAUGCGAGGAAAUUGAUUGAUCGUGGUCUUAAAGAGGGCUUAUGGGUACUACUUCAGAACUGCCACUUGGGGUUGGAGUAUAUGACAGAAGUUAUGGAGCAGUUCGGAGAACUUGAAAGAGAUCCUGAACAGGUUCACGAACUAUUUAGGCUUUGGAUUACCACAGAGGUGCAUCCGAAGUUUCCCAUUACACUUUUGCAAAUGUCUAUCAAGUACACUUGUGAACCACCUUCUGGUAUCAAAGCUGGUUUAAUGAGGACUUACGACUCGAUGAGUCAAGAUUUCCUCGACUACAGCGACAGUCCGUUUUAUCUGCCUCUUAUUUACACCAUAUCUUUCCUGCAUACUGUGGUGCAGGAGCGAAGGAAGUUUGGGCCUCUCGGUUGGAACAUUCCUUACGAGUUUAAUUCAGCCGACUGGCUAGCGUCUUGCAUGUUUGUGCAGAACCAUUUGGAUUCCUUAGAACCUGGACAACCAGUUAGUUGGACAACUGUUCGCUACAUGGUGUCGGCGGUUCAAUACGGAGGUCGCGUGACGGACGACUACGACACGCGGCUGUUGGUCACCUUCUGCAGGGUGUGGUUCUCAGAUCAGCUGUUCACUGAUGACUUCCAGUUCUACAAGGGUUACGGCAUCAUGAAGUUCAAGAACAUCCCCGAGUACAUAGAAGAGAUUGAAACUAUGAAAACAGUAGAUCCACCUCAGGCGUAUGGCUUGCAUACCAAUGCUGAUAUCACGUAUCAGCGGAACACUACUCAAGAAUUGCUCGACACAAUAUUAUCUAUCCAACCCAAAGAAUCAAGUGGUGGCGGCGGAGAAACCCGAGAGGCUUCAGUAUACAGGCAAUCCAAAGAAAUGCUUGAAAAAGUUCCAGCUAACUUUGAUCCACACGAAGUUAUAGCUAGGUUAAAAAUAUAUGGUAUACUUAAUUCAAUGGUGAUUUUCUUAAGACAAGAAAUUGAUCGUAUGCAAAAAGUAAUCAAUUUAGUGAGAACUACUUUAAAGGACUUAUUACUCGCUAUCGACGGAACAAUUAUUAUGAAUGAGGCGCUCCGUGAUUCCUUGGACAACAUUUACGACGCUAAAGUACCAAACAUCUGGUUUAGAAGCUCUUGGUCUUCGUCUACUUUAGGUUUUUGGUUCACAGAGUUUUUAGAGAGAACCAUACAAUUUUCAACAUGGUGUUUCCAGGGCAGACCUAACUCAUUCUGGAUGACUGGAUUCUUUAAUCCACAAGGUUUCUUAACGGCCAUGCGACAGGAAGUUACUCGAGCCCAUAAGGGUUGGGCUCUAGACAUGGUGGCGUUACAUAACGACAUUACCAAAUUUACUUUUGAGGAAAUAAAAGCUCCUCCCCCGGAAGGGGUUUACGUUCACGGCGUUUUCCUAGACGGCGCUGGCUGGGACCGGCGCAACCUGCGCCUGUGCGAGUCCACGCUGAAGGUGGUGUACACCGUGCUGCCCGUCGUGCACGUGUACGCCAUCAACUCCACCGCGCCCAAGGACCCCAAGCUAUACCAGUGCCCGGUGUACAAGAAGCCCGUGCGCACCGGCCUCACCUUCAUCACGCCGCUCUGGCUGCCCACCAUCAAGAACCCCGACCACUGGAUCUUAAGAGGUGUUGCCAUUUUGUGUGACAUUAAGUAGUCUCUGUGCGGGGUAUGCUUUUUCAGUACCUAUCUCUAAUUUCCCAAAUUUCCAUUUCUGAUAAUCCCAUUUUAUGGCUACGUAUAGGUGAGUUGUCUUUAAAUAAUGUUAAUAACAGCUUUUUUUUUGUGUUGAAGCCCUGAUUAAUCUGGUAUUGGUCAAAGUAUUUCUCUGUAUCCUGGACUGACGAAAGACAGUGACAUUUCGCAUGAUCAUGAUAAAGUCGUAUAUUGUGUUCAGCAUUUAUACACUUUUAUAUUUGAUUUUUAGAAUGUAAUGUUUUAUUGAAAUAAAAAUCGAAAUUAUUAUCA